UUGGCUGCUCCCGGACCGUCUGCCAAGAAGCAUCUGCGGGUCGCGCUGUGCCAGCUGUCCUCGCGCACUUGGCUUGAGCUGGUCGACAGGGAGAAGGUCCAGUGGAGGAGGGUGUUGGAAUCCGAGAAGAAAGGGACGAUAGCUGCUAACAUGGGGUCCAUGCGUAUCCUCAUUAAGGGAGGUAAAGUGGUCAAUGAUGACUUCACCCAGGAAGCAGAUGUCUACAUUGAAAACGGCAUCAUACAACAGGUUGGGAAAGAACUAAUGAUCCCAGGUGGAGCUAAGGUGAUCGAUGCUUCUGGGAAACUAGUAUUACCGGGCGGCAUUGACACCUGCGUGCAUCUGCAGCAGACAUUUAUGAACGCCAGCAUCCAGGAUGACUUCUACAGCGGAACCAAGGCGGCUCUGAUGGGUGGUACCACCAUGGUAAUGGCUCUGGCCCUGCCUGAACAACACUGCUCCCUACUGGACGCCUACGAGAAGUGCCGAGCUCUGGCAGACGCCAAGGCAUGCUGCGACUACGCUCUGCAUGUCGGGGUGACCUGGUGGGGACCAAAGGUGCAUAAUGAGAUGGAGACCCUGGUGAGAGAGCAUGGCGUGAACUCCUUCCAGAUGUUCAUGGCCUACAAAGACUUGAUGAUGCUGCGGGAUUCAGAGCUGUAUCAGACACUGCAGACCUGUAAGGAUAUUGGGGCCAUUGCACGUGUUCAUGCAGAAAAUGGAGAGCUGGUGGCAGAGGGUGCCAAAGAGGCUCUGGAUUUAGGUAUCAGUGGACCAGAGGGAAUAGAGAUUAGUCGACCAGAGGAGCUUGAGUCUGAAGCUACUCACAGAGCCAUCACCAUUGCCAACAGGGCCCACUGCCCCAUCUACCUUGUGAAUGUGUCCAGCAUGUCAGCUGGAGACAUGAUCGCUGCUGCUAAAAUGCAGGACAAGGUGGUCCAUGCUGAGACCACAGUGGCUCACUCUGUGCUGAAUGGGAUGCAGUAUUACCACCAGGACUGGGCUCACGCUGCGGCUCACGUCCUUGUCCCACCUCUCCGCCUUGACCCAAACACACCCAACUACCUCAUGGGCCUGCUGGGAAAUGACACGCUGAGUGUUGUGGCAUCAGAGCACCGUCCAUUUACCACCAAGCAGAGAGCUCUGGGCAAAGAGGACUUUACUAAGAUCCCUCAUGGAGUGGCUGGAAUCCAGGAUAGGAUGAGCGUCAUUUGGGAGAGGGGAGUGGUUACAGGAAAAAUGGAUGAGAACCGUUUUGUGGCUGUGACCAGCUCUAAUGCUGCAAAGAUCUACAAUUUGUACCCUCGUAAAGGCCGCAUCAUCCCCGGGGCCGAUGCCGACGUGGUGGUGUGGGACCCGGAUGCAACAAGGACGAUCUCUGUGAGCACUCAGGUUCAGGGUGGAGACUUCAACCUUUAUGAGGGGAUGCGCUGUCAUGGCGUUCCUCUGGUCACCAUCAGCCGUGGACAGUUGGUGUGUGAGAAUGGCGUGUUUAUGUGUGCUGAAGGGUCCGGGAAGUUCUACCCACAGCGCACUUUCCCUGACUACCUCUAUAAGAAGAUGGUCCAGCGAGAAAAGACUCAGGGUUGCAAAGGGGUUGUCAGGGAUCCCUACUCUGGUGAUGUGGCCAAGGUUGCCAACACUAUGAAGAAGGAGCUCGGUUUGGGCCCCAUAGAUGGAGAGUCACCAAACAAGCCCGGCAGUCGGGUGCACCAGGGUGUCCGAGACCUUCAUGAGUCCUCUUUCAGUCUCUCAGGGUCUCAGGUUGAUGACCAUGUCCCGAAGAGGUCCUCGGCUCGAAUCCUGGCCCCUCCUGGUGGUCGUUCCAGUGGUAUUUGGUAAUCUCCAGAGCUGGAGCUUCAACCAUCCGAGCCUCUGUGUUUUGUAUAUUUCCAAACAACCAGGAAAACUGCACUGAUUUUCAACCACAGGAUUAAAUUCGAGUGGGGAAAAUAAAUUCAAGCAAGUCUGUGAUUAGUGAUGAGCUGAAUCUGAUAAUAAAGCGGUUUGCCAAAGUAGCUUCUACAGAUCUAAUUUGUGGCUUAAUUGGAGUGAUCUGACUGAUUACAUAUGAGUAAAGGGCUAAUUAUGAAUUUCAAAUGUUCUGCCAAAUUCAAGCUAAUCAUCUUAACAUUAAUAAAGUCUUCUCAUUAUCAUCAUGUUUACAUUUUGUGAAGAAAGGCAAACUAACCUGUGAAAUAUCAAAACCAGUACAGUUUUUGAUGGUUUGAGCCGAAGUGAUGUUAACCGAAUUAUUUAAAACUAGUAAAACUGGAUUCAGUGAAAUAUCUCUCAAAUUGUUCACAAACAAACAUGCAGUACACUGUAGACACCAUAGCUUUAGCCUCAUAUGAAACGUGUGUGGAUUCUGUCUGUGAUUAAACCACCCACUCUGCUCGGCUGCCUACUGCUCCAUGGGUUCCUCUGACAGUGUUUUUGUUUCCAAUGGACAAAAUGUGCUGUGUGGUGAUGAAAUCCAACUGCGUCAAACACUGUGUGCUCCCUAAAGAGAAUCAGACUUGACCCUCAUGUAUCAUUAUAACUUCACUGCCUUUAACUGAAAUAGACACAUCCCAGAAACACCCAGUCUCACCUGAAAUGUAAUGGGAGUCUGCAGAUUGAGUUAUGGAAAUAAACAAUAAGGCCUGCAGGCUUAUCUGGGAUUGUCUGUUCUGCCCCAGUUAUGAUCCCACUAUAACUAAAUGCAUUCAUUUCCAUCAGCAUGCUUGUGGGAUCUCUAGACCUUGCAGAGUGUAUGAAAGAAAGAUUAAUCUGUUUUAGAUGGGCGAAGCGCUGCUGAGUGAAAAACAUUGUAGGGGUAACAGGGAGGAAGACUUGUGCUAAGACUGAUCAUAACAAUAAGGAUUAUUAAGAUUUACAUGUACAUGAAUAGAGAGGAAGUGCAGUGCCUUCUCAUUCCAGAUAUCAAAACAAGAAAUACUGGGGCCUCAUUUAUCAAAAAUCGCUAAAUAAAAUUAUAUUACAGGUAAUCAGAAAUUAAUUAAUUGGCGUCUCUGGCAUCAAACUACAAUGUUAUGAACUAGUUUAAGAUUUUUUUGUCUAUACAUCAAUGUGUGGGUUUGAAUAGAAUCAGUUUACCUUUUGCUUUAGGGUUUUUACAUAAUUUAUUUUCCACUGAUAACAUCAUAUAAUGUCAGUAAUAACAGUCACGAACCAGCUAAAUGAAAGAUUUUAACUGAAUUGAUACAUAUUAUUUAACUCUUUAUGUCUCUUUCUGAACAGAAGUAGUCUUUUAAUUACAUUUGAUUACAGUUUUCUACUACUGGCAACUUGUUCAUUAAAUGAAUUUAUUCUCUGUGAAGAAAAAAGUGUUAACUGCCUGUACAUUUUAUGAAUGAGGCCUCAGAUUUUGCACAGAGUGGAAAGAAAGUAGAUGAGAGAAAUUGACAUGUUUGCGUCUGGACUGCAUUUUGAAGGUGAAGCCUCCUAUCUGUAGGGACAUGAAACAGGGUUGUUGUUAGACUUUGUCUAUGCUCAGCAGGAAGAUUGAGCUGCACACACUGAAAACAAACCACUGACCCUCUCGCCUCCUGAUGAUGUCUCAUUGCUGCCUGCCAGUAUAUUUAUACAUGAUCACCUAUAUGUGUCCAGGUACACUAUAUAUUUAGGAUGUUUGUUUUUCCUUGUUUUUUUGUUUAAAUAAUAAAUGUGCCAAUGGAAAUCACCUGUGCCACACUGUCACCAAUGCAUGAAGAGCACCACAUAGAAAUGGAGGAGCAGAGUCUCCCCUGAAGGUCACAGGUUCAUAAUAACUGGUGCUGUUUUUCUAGAAUUACUUACAACAACAUUGUUUUAUUGUUGGAUGGUUUUUGCUGUUUUGUUGAAGGCACUGUGACUGCUCAGUGACUGUGUGUUUGUACAUUCUUGUUGUGUUGGACAGUGAACCUGUUGAAUCUGUAUGUGGCUGCUUGUUUCUUACCACAAGAAUAACAAUGAAAGAAUAAAGACAAAAAAAAAAAAAUCUUGA